UGCGGACGUGAACUACGUAGCCAAUGUACACACUUUGCCAAGUGGGUAAUGCAGAUUUGUGAAACUUUGAUCGCGCCUUGUGACAUCGUCAUGCGAUGCUUUUCUAUACUCAAGAUUAUCUUACGUACAAAAUCAUUGCAUGGAACCUAACCAUAGCGCGGGACUCAGGCUUCUCUCUGCUUGUACAUUAUACACAUCUGACGAGAGUUCGAUAGCUGAACUGGCUGCACUAGUUCAGAGUUUAUCUUUCUCCUUCUGAUGUGUGGAUGGGAAAAGAAAGCCGUUGCUAUUCUCUAAUUGCUGUGUAAUUUCCGAAUAAUAAAAACAAUGGUCAAGCGACAACUGCCACACCCGUUGCACUCGAGCCUGGAAAACAUCACCGCGUCAAGCUCGGCUAGGCGGGAGAUGCGUCAAAUAGCGAGGAGAUCCUUAAGGAGAUCCGCUUCCGUUGGCAGAAGGUCUGUGAGAUCCAGAAGUUUUUCUCCGAGGGAGCAAAACGUCCGUCCUCGCAGGACCACUUCGUUCGAAUCUGUGAACGGAUCGCAAUGCGUGGCAUGCAAGAGCAUCGUAAGAUCACCCAGAAUGAUGAAAUGUAGACACAUUUUUUGCCUGCAAUGUUUCCAAAAUCGUUUUAUGUUAUCACGCAACAGAGAUGGCAGCUCUAUAUGCCCUGUAUGCAAUGUAGCAGUAAUUGCAUCAGCUAAGCAAGAAUCGAAAAGUACGGUGAGCUUUGCGCCUUUACCACCAAAAAUACGUGACGAGAUAUGCCGUUCCUGCGGCGAGGUUCGCAAGAUUAUAAACAAAUGCAAACACUGCAAACGUAGAUUCUGUGACGAUUGCUGGACAAGUCAUGCCAAUGAUUUGAAAGAUGAACUAGGCAAUAUAAACGGAGAUCUCGAGACAUCAGCGACGAGAUUCGAAGAGAAAAUAAGUAGCUUUCAGAGUAAAGCAAACGAAACGGUGGAAUUUAUUAAAAGAGACAUCGAGGCUCAGAUAAUUGAACUGAAUAAAACGAAGGAGAAUCGCAUUAAGAAGGUAGAGCAUAUAGUUGCUACGGGAGAAGAAUCGGUUGACGAUAUUAGGCAAAGGAUGCAGAUAACUCAGGCGGAGAUAACAGAACAGAAGGAAGUGUUAUAUGAUACUCUAUCUGAUAAUGAGGAAAAGGUGAAAAUGUUUUUAGACCUACAGCAAAAGGCCGCCGAAAUAACGGCCGCAGUUACCAUUUGGCAGUCGGAAUUGAAUGAUGUUGAAGCGGAGCUUAGAAAAGUUAAUAAGCAAGGAAGAUCAUUUACAAGAGAAAAGACUGGCCCUUCGUACAAGCGGAAAAAUUUCACACCCAAAAUUAUCGUGACCCGUGACAUAGUCCUGCGACCAUCGGCACUUGCCAUUGAUUCCUGGAGGGAUAACAUUAUCGCAACCUGUCCGGGAUCGGGACGGAUUGUCAUUCUCGACAGGAAGCUCAAACUUGUGCGGAGGAUUCGUCACCAGGAGAUGAUGGCACCUCAAGGAGUUGCCUUCCUGCAGGAACACGACGAGAUAUACGUGACAGACAAGUGGAAGCACUGCAUCUUCGUGUUCGAUCACAAAGGCGAGCUCGUUCGCCGCAUGUGCGAUAAAGGUCACAGCGAGUCGGAGCUGUGCUCGCCGGAAGGAAUCUCCUUUCAUCCGGAACUCAGCGUGCUUUACGUCGCUGAUACCGGGAAUAAUCGUAUCCAGAUUCUCGAGAGGGAUGGCACGUACCUGGACAGCAUCGGACCCAAGGGUAAAACUAAAAGCGGCACCGUGAGAUUCCGUAAAAAGACUGGCCCGACCGCGAGCGAAUUGAAUGAACCGACCGACGUGGCUGUCACAAUAACGCGCGUCGUCAUCGCCGAUUCCGGCAAUCACAAAGUAAAGAUAUUUAAUCACGAUGGGCAAAUACUCCAGUCGAUCGGUGGCGUCGGCACGGCAAAGGGUUUAUUUAGAUCACCUGAGGUACUGAAGAUCGACGCGAAGGGAUACAUCAUUGUUGGCGACGCUGGAAAUGGAAGGGUGCAGAUUUUUUCCCCGGAAGGAGAAUUUCUACGGGUGUUAGGCGUUAAGAAAACUCAGGGGCAUAAAUUUGCAUGGGUGUCUGGUUUGUUAGUGACAAAUAAUUACAAUAUUCUAGUCUCCGAUAGCAAGAGUAAUUUCAUAUAUUUAUUUUAGUAUUACAUACUAAGGCACGUAUGCCUUUAAUUGAUAAGAAACCAUGCAAGUCUCCACAAUCGAUCUCGAUGUAGUUUUGUUGUAAUGUAGAGACAUAAAAGUAAAAGAUACUUUUUUAAAUAUUUUCAUACAUUAAAUGGAGAAAGAAAAAAAGGAAACACUUUAAUAUAAAAUAAUCGGUUUUUGUUUCUUUAAACGUAUUUAAAUGUACUUAACUUUUUCUCUGUCUAGAUAAGAAAAAUAAGAAAAGUGUUUAUAAUUUAAUCGUUUAAAAUCAAAUUCCAAAGAAAUUGCGAAAGUUAAAAAAUUUCGAAAUUUUGUAAUUGCACAAUACAUUAAUUCACGUGAAUUCCUAGUAGAUUAAUGCACGAGUUGCUGUCAAAACUUCCACAGAUUGGAUCCAGAAGAAAAAAUGGCUAGCCAUAUCUUCUACUGCAUCUUUCUUUACGUAUUGUUCUCCCAUGGUUAUUGAUUUUAAUACUGCUCCAACUUUUUGAGGUAUCUUUGAAACCCUUUUUUCUUUGUAAUGUGAAAUACUCUUUGCGAUAUACCAGUGUGUGAAAUUUUUUCCGCGGAAGAAAGAAAAUUGUAUCUCAAAGCCGGCGUUAUA